AUGGCUAGAACCCGAGGAGCUAAGUCCUUGUCCCCAUCAUCUCGCCUGAGACCUGUCCAAGCUGCCACACCCGAGCCUCCGAGGCCACCGGUCGUCCCACCUUCGGUUGAGGACACACCCAUAAGUCCUCCUAUGACACGCUAUCAGACACGGAGGUCACUCACCAUGACUGGGGCGAGCUCUUCCCGAGCCCAAAAGUCAGGUCGCGGUCCCCCAAAGAAGAAAACCAAGGUCUCAGAGCCAAUUGAUUUAAUAGAGUUGUCUUCAAAGCCUGAAUCAGAGCCUCGGCCAUCUCAACCACCUGCCAAAAAGCCUCAACCAUCUCAGCCACCAGCCAAACAGUCUCAUAUUCCCUCAAGCAUGACUCCUGAGGUGGUUAUCAGACGCCCCAUGAGGAGAGGAGUUUUGCUAGAGGCGCUAUUUAGGAUAUCUGAGGGAUACUUCUUUGGCCCUUAUCAUCUCAUCAUGGCCGCUCUUCUAUACUUUGAAGAGAAGGUCCAUAAGAAGAAGCUACUCCGAGCGGAUGCUAUUCCACUUCUCUUCCUCAGACUGUUAUGCCAGAUUUUGGAGCAUUUGGGAUACCCAGCAGAGCCUCAGCUUGAGCCCCCUGCAGUGGCCUCCCCAGAGCCUAGUCCUGAGGUUGCACCCUCUGCUCCUCAGGCCACACCACGGACUCCCCUUGUUAUUCCACCCAUAUCAGAGCCAUCUCCUUCCUCUGAGCCAAGGAUUGUUAUACCCAUUAUCGAGUAUAAAGGUCUAUGCCACACUUUCCAGGCAUUGGCCACUUCUUAG